AUGUUCGAACACUACCUGGUCGAGUCUGAGGGUGAAACCGGAAUCUGCAAUCGUGGCUUCGAUUCGACGUCAACAUUCCUGGAGAUUCGCUCUCACUCGAGCAUCGAGUUGUUGAAGUCAGCCUCGACGCGGCUAAUCUCAACCCUCAUUGACCUUACCUCUAAUAUCCAGAAGCUCCGCGCACAAUUCUUCGCCCUCACUGCGCCUGUGAUGGUGCCCCUCUGCGAAUUCAACGCCUCCUUGGGCUUUCCUGACAACGUGGACCCGCAGCACGGAUCCCCUGUUAUCGCAUGCUACCGGCGCCGACUGGGGAAGAAAACAGACCUUGAGUCGCGGGUCGCGGGCCUCGCCCGCGGAGCGCAAGACGCAAGCGCGAGCGCACGUUCCGCGACGGUCACCGACGGUGCGACGAUUACGUUUUCCCGUCUUGGGGGCGCACACAACCACGAGUACUCCGCGCUGGAGCACAAGGUUGCCUCUGGGUUGUGGGAGCUGGCGGCCAAAGGCGAGCAAGGGGUGCAAGAGGCAGGAGACGGAGACGGAUGA